AUGUCCGCCAAGAACGAAUUCCUUUGCAUCCUUCCCGACAAGCCGGGCGUACAGGCCAAGCGAGUCGAAGUGCGCUCCCAGCACCUCGAAGGCGUCAAGCCCUUAGUCGAGGCCGGAACCCUGGUUGCGGGCGGCGCCAUGCUAAACAGUCACCCGAAGGAGGGCGAAUCCCUUUCCUUCCAGGGAAGCAUGCUCAUAGUCGUGGCGGAGAGCAAGGAGGAGGCGGAGAAGGUCAUCCAGAAUGACAUCUAUACGAAGAGUGGGGUGUGGGAUCUGGAGAAGGCGCAGAUUAUUCCGUUCAAGUCUGCUGUUCGGGUGGGAUUGUAGACUUACUGACUUCAUACCUACCUACAUAUCAAGCUCCUUUUUUGUCAUCUCUUCGGUGUAUAUACUACGCGCCACUAUUAUUGCUC